GAUGUUCCAGACAUUAUGCAAUUACUUCUGGUGGGACCGGCUCUGGCUGCCGUCCAACCUCACCUGGGCGGACGUCGAAUUCAGCGAAGGCCGCGUGGCCCCGAAGUCCAGCGACUUGUAUAUCACCAUCCCUCUAGCAUUUGUCUUCCUCAUCAUCAGGCACCUCUUUGAAAUAUACGUGGCAACUCCGCUAGCGGCUCUUUUGAACGUCAAGGAGAAAGUGCGCUUAAAAGCCACUCCGAAUCCCGUCCUAGAGAAAUUUUAUACGACGUCCUGUAAACACCCCAAACAGGCAGACAUCGAGGGCCUCUCGAAGAAAAGCGGCUGCACCCCCCGGCAGGUCGAGCGCUGGUUCCGCCGGCGGCGCAAUCAGGACCGGCCCAGCUUGCUCAAGAAAUUUCGGGAGGCCAGUUGGAGAUUCACCUUUUACCUUCUUGCUUUCAUUGCUGGCACGGCCGUCAUAGCUGACAAACCUUGGUUCUACAACCUCAGGCUAGUUUGGGAAGGAUACCCUACACAGAACCUGCUGCCGUCCCAGUACUGGUAUUACAUGAUUGAGCUCUCGUUUUACUGGUCCCUGUUGUUCAGCAUCGCCUCGGACGUGAAGAGGAAGGACUUCAAGGAACAGGUCAUCCACCAUGUAGCGACCAUCGUCCUGAUUAGCUUCUCCUGGUACACCAACUACAUCCGUGCCGGGACUCUCAUCAUGGCCUUGCACGACUCCUCGGACUAUUUGCUGGAGUCGGCGAAAAUGUUCAACUACGCAGGCUGGAAGAACAUGUCCAACAACAUCUUCAUCGUCUUCGCCACCAUCUUCAUCGUCACGCGACUCGUCAUCCUUCCGUUCUGGAUCCUGCAUUGCACCAUGGUGUACCCCUUGGAAAUAUACCCAGCUUUCUUCGGCUACUAUUUCUUCAACCUCAUGAUGGUGAUUUUGCAGUCCCUGCACAUAUUUUGGGCGUACCUCAUUAUCCGGAUGGCCCAGAAAUUCAUAACUGGAAAGGUGGUGGAAGACGAGCGCAGCGAUCGUGAUGAGACGGACAACACCGGGGAGGAGGAGUUGGAAGAAGAGAAAGCUGCCUCAGCACCCACAAAGAACGGCCCCCUAAGCAACGGGCACCCGGUCUUGAACAAUAACCACCGGGUGAAAGCCAAUUGAUCGCUCGACCUCCAUUUUCGGUACCCAGGCCUCCUCUGCUUCCAGGGGGGACUCCCGUCUGUUGCCAGAGCCCAGAUCUUUAUUUUCAUUUUUGAAGCCAAAAAGAAAAGAAAACUUCCUCUGGGGAGCUGCAGCUGGAAGCACAGCCCUCUGCCGCCCCACCAGCUCCUCUCUCCAUCCUUGGACCCUCCAAGAACCUGAAGAAGCGCCAGGUUCAUUUCAAGAUGGGAUCCUGAGACACUUGCCGCUUUUCUUGGGGGCAAAGCGAGCGGCCUUUUCUGGAGCUUGCAAACAGUGCUCGUUUUUCUCCCCCAGCACCCUUUAUGUAUGGGAAGAACGGCAGAGUUGUGGGAGCAUGGUUGCCCUUGCCUCUUUGAGCCCCUGCCCUGAAUUCACCUUGGAAAGCGGUCCUGAGGCCCCCUCACACGUUGCCAACCCCCUCCUCACCCACCCAAAACCCCUCCACAAAAUUGGGCAAGCAAAGAGCAA